GGAACAAGCCCCCUGGUUUUGUCAUGUCUAUCGGUUGCUUCAUUUUGUCUGAAGGAAAACCAAAUUAUCAGAAAAACUGCUCUUUUGUAUCUAUAAGAUUAAUUAUUGUAGAUAAUUUAGAAAGUUGUAAAAAGUAUAAAACAAGGAGAAAAUAUCUAUAUCUAGUCUAGUGGUUUACUUUUCUUGACCCAAUACUUUGUCGUAUUUCCAGAGUGUUCUCUUUAACCAUUUCAGUUGUUGUUUAUAUUAACUUUAUUGAGUGGUAACUUGCUUAUCUGGUGCGUUAUUAUAGAUGUAGUGUGUUGUUUUCUUAUCCUAAAGAACAGUGGGGUAGAUAGCUUUGUUUAAUAUAAACAUUGUAUGACACUUGGACUCUUAACAGUAAUAUUUAGUGGUUUUAGCAAGCACAAACUCUUGAACUGCCUGGAUUUGAUGCUACUAAUGUGGCUGGAAUUCACGUAGAGUUUGUGUUUCUGAUAACCAAGAGGCCAUCUUCCCUGAAUCCUUCGCUAUGACAUAUUUAGACUAAAGCUUGCUUGCUCUCUGCCCUUCAUAUCCAUUCAAGUAGGCUUGAUGAAAAGUGUGGUCAGUAGAUUUCUUUUUCUUUUCUUACGUUCUGUGAGUCACAGCUUCUGUUUAGGAUAGGUUUAUUUAUUCAGAGAGUGCCCAGUGUUUAAUAAAUGAGAGAUUUAGUCCAACGUAGUAGGAUCAGCAAAACCAUCGGAGAAGGCCAAGAAACAGUUGGUGCCAUGUGGAAGGUGAUUGUCUCAUUGGUCCUGUUUAUGGUCAGCCCUGGUGACGGACUCUUUCGCUCCAUAUACAGAAGCACCAUUGUUUCCCCGCCAUUCAAGGGAUACGCAGGCUGGCCUCUGUUUCUUAGCCCUUAUAUCCAAGCUGGGAAGAUCAAGCUGGCGCAGAAGAGGAGCGAGGUCAGUCCUUACCCUGGAAUGAACUUGAAGAGUUAUGCCGGCUACAUCACCGUGAAUAGGACUUACAACAGCAACCUCUUCUUCUGGUUCUUUCCGGCUCGGAUACAGCCUGAGAACGCCCCGGUAGUCCUCUGGCUUCAGGGCGGGCCUGGAGGUUCAUCCAUGUUUGGACUCUUUGUAGAACAUGGGCCUUAUGUUAUCACAAGCAACUUGACUGUUCUUGCCAGAGACUUCACUUGGACCACUACCCUUUCCAUGCUUUACAUUGACAAUCCGGUGGGCACAGGGUUCAGCUUCACUGAUGAUCCCCGGGGAUACGCCAACAGUGAGAGCGAUAUAGCCCAAAAUUUGUACAGUGCACUGAUUCAGUUUUUCAAGUUGUUCCCUGAGUAUGCGAAGAAUUCAUUUUAUGUCACUGGGGAGUCUUAUGCAGGGAAGUAUGUGCCGGCCAUAGCACACUAUAUCCACUCCCUCAACCCCGUGAGAGAGUUCAAGAUCCGCCUGGAAGGAAUUGCCAUUGGAGAUGCAUACUCUGAUCCCGAAUCGAUUAUAGGAGGGUACGCGAAAUUCCUGUACCAAAUUGGCUUGUUGGAUGAGCAGCAGCAAAAGCACUUCCAGAAGGAGUGCAACAAGUGCAUAAAAUACAUCAAAGAUCAGCACUGGCUGAAGGCCUUUGAAAUCCUGGAUAAGCUGCUGGACAGUGAUUUAACAAAUGAUCCAUCCUACUUCCAGAAUGUGACAGGGUGUACCAAUUACUACAACCUUUUACAGUGCACGGAACCGGAGGACCAAGGUUACUACGGGAAAUUCUUGUCACUCCCACAAGUGAGACAAGCCAUCCAUGUGGGCAACCGGACUUUCAGUGACGGUGCCGAGGUCGAGAAGUACUUGAGAGAGGACACAGUGCAGUCGGUGAAGCCCUGGCUAGCUGAGAUCAUGGAUCACUACAAGGUUCUGCUUUACAAUGGCCAACUGGACAUCAUCGUGGCAGCGGCCCUGACAGAGCGCUCCUUGCUGGCCAUGGAUUGGAAUGGAGCACAGCAAUAUAAAAAGGCUGAAAAAGUGGUUUGGAAGAUCUUCAAAUCUGAUAAUGACGUGGCUGGUUAUGUGCGAAGCGUGGAUAAAUUCCACCAGGUAAUUGUUCGAGGUGGAGGACACAUUUUGCCCUAUGACCAGCCGCUGAGAUCUUUUGAUAUGAUCAAUCGAUUCAUCUUUGACAGAGGAUGGGAACCUUACAAUUCAUAAACUCCUUUCCAUAAACAGUUAUGAAUUUUAAUCACAAAAGAUUUUUUAAAAAGAUGUCAUGUAAAUAAGAAACAUAUCUUUUUAUAUUUGCAAGGUAUUUCUUAUCACUAAAAGUCAAGCUGAAAUGCAUGACCUUUUGAUUUUAUCUCUCCUAAAUGAGAAUCACAUCUUGAUUUAGGAUAUGGGAAAAAUGGGUUCUGGAUGGAAUAUCUAAUCCUUCCCAGGACAGAAAGUUCAAUAAAUUAAUAGAUUCAUGACAA